UGCCUGGGUUAGACACUCUAUUAUUAGCGGUACAUGCACUUUGCCAAAUCAAUGGACACUCCCCCCCCAAAGCUAUCUAUCGGAGUACGUGUCGAGACGUGCUGUGGGGAAUUGUAUCUACCAAGUUAGCCCAUCUUUGGUCGCUGACGGCCCGCAUGGGUGUUGGCAAGACGUUUCUUCUCCUCUCCUUGUUGCCGGGACACGGCAUCACGUCAGCGUUUCCUGUCGAUCGGUUUGAUCAGGAGGGCCGGAAUAAGCAGUACUGGUGUAACCAGCCGUACGCAACGAUCGGGAUGUGGUUGCUGCGACGGGCAGGCGAGGAUGGGCCGCCUCACGUCUGGCUCGAGUGGGCUGAUGAGACAUUGGAUGGAGGGGCUCACAUGGAGCCUAUUCUUCCCGAGGGCUACGUCCAAGGCUGCUGCAGGUGGCCAUGAUACUAUCGAUUGUUGCUGACGCCCCGACCUUCACCGUCAC